AUGGCUGAAGGAAUACUGGUUGCUCUAAGGUCUCUAAUGGCCUCUCACUCUCCCAAACUCGAUGCUCUUAUCGUUCCGUCCGAAGAUUAUCAUCAGAGUGAGUAUGUAUCCGAGCGGGACAAAAGGCGUGAAUUUGUAUCUGGAUUCACCGGCAGUGCGGGCUUGGCACUUAUAACAGCGAAUGAAGCCUUAUUGUGGACAGAUGGAAGGUAUUUUUUGCAGGCAUCACAGCAGCUUGGUGGACAGUGGAAGCUAAUGCGCAUGGGGGAAGACCCAGCUGUUGAUAUUUGGAUGGCAGAUAAUCUACCAAAAGAUGCAGCUAUUGGCGUUGAUCCCUGGUGUGUAUCAGUUGACACUGCACAGAGAUGGGAGCAUGCUUUCGCUAAGAAACAACAAAAGUUGGUCCAGACAUCCUCAAACUUGGUUGAUGAAGUUUGGAAAAGUAGACCUCCACUGGAAAUUAAUCCUGUUAUUGUCCAUCCACUAGAAUUUUCUGGUCGUUCUGUUCAAGAAAAGUUGAAGGAUUUGAGGGAAAAGCUUGUUCAGGAAAAAGCUCGUGCUAUCAUAAUAACCGCUCUUGAUGAGGUUGCUUGGUUGUAUAAUAUUCGUGGAACUGAUGUUUCCUACUGCCCCGUUGUUCAUGCGUAUGCUAUCGUAACGCUAGCUUCAGCUUUCUUUUACGUGGACAAGAGAAAGAUAUCUUCGGAGACAAGCUCUUACAUGUUGAAAAAUGGAAUUGAAGUGCGGGAUUACAGUGCCGUGAGUUCGGAUGUGGUUUUACUUGCAUCUGACCAGCUCACUCCUUCCAGUUCAGCCAUAAAAGCUGAACACGACAUUCCAAAGAAAAUAGACAGCAAUUCUCAUGAGGCUGGGAAUGAUAAUGUGGAAGAAGAGAGUAGUAAUAACCUUGUAUGGGUUGAUGGUACAUGCUGCUUUGCUUUGUAUUCAAAAUUGAACGUGGAUGAGGUUCUCAAGCGUCCAUCACCUUUAGGCCUUGCCAAAGCCCUAAAGAAUCCUGUUGAGAUGGAUGGAUUGAAGAAUGCACACAUUCGGGAUGGUGCAGCUGUUGUGCAGUUUCUUAUUUGGCUGGACAAGCAGAUGCAGGAAUUUUAUGGGGCUUCUGGAUAUUUCAUUGAGGGUGACAGUGUCAAGAAGAAUGACCAACCGAAAUCCGUGAAACUGACUGAAGUGUCUGUAAGUGACAAGCUAGAGGAGUUCCGUGCAUCUAAACAGCAUUUUAGGGGGUUGAGUUUCCCAACAAUUUCAUCAGUUGGUCCAAAUGGGGCAAUAAUCCAUUAUUGUCCAACGGUGGAAUCAUGUGCUGAACUUGAUCCAAAUAGCAUGUACCUAUUCGAUUCAGGAGCUCAGUAUCUAGAUGGAACAACUGAUAUAACCCGGACAGUUCAUUUUGGAAAACCUACUUCUCAUGAGAAAGCAUGUUAUACUGCGGUUCUCAAAGGUCAUAUUGGAUUGGGGAAUGCUCGCUUUCCUAAUGGAACCACUGGGCAUACUCUCGAUAUUCUUGCACGGGUCCCUUUGUGGAAGGAUGGUCUUGACUACAGACACGGUACUGGUCAUGGAAUUGGGUCUUACCUAAAUGUUCACGAAGGACCGCAUCAAAUUAGUUUCAGACCACCUGCUCGGAAUGUACCAUUACAACCUUCAAUGACUGUUACGGAUGAACCUGGUUAUUACGAGGAUGGGAGCUUUGGUAUAAGAUUGGAAAAUGUGCUGAUAAUAAAGGAGGCUGACACAAAGUUCAAUUUUGGCGACAAAGGCUACUUGUCAUUUGAGCAUAUAACAUGGGCGCCAUAUCAAAGGAAGUUGAUUGACGCGAGCCUUCUCGUUGCUGAAGAAAUUGAAUGGUUGAAUAACUACAAUUCCAAGUGCAGGGAAAUCCUUGCACCGUACCUGAAUGCAACCGAGAUGGAAUGGCUUAAGCAAGCUACCGAGCCUAUUGAUGCUUGA